UUCUAACGAGGAGAAGUUCAACACGCGGAAUCGCGUCAAGGAGAAAAUGGCGAGCUAUUUUAUAGAUUCAAAAAGUGGUCUAUUACGCACUGGCGAGUUGUCAGAAAUCCUUUCGAAGGCCCAGGGUCUCGUCAAAUCGGCAGCGCGCCCGUGCACCUGCCAGCCCGGCACCUGUGCUUGCACGGCGCCCUCAGCGUCUCGCAGCCAAAAAUGCCUGAAAGUCCGAGUUGACACGGAGGAGAACGCCAAGGCUGGGGUCGGUGAGAAGAGAGGAAGAUGGCCGAGGAACAAAGUUGGUGCUUGCUGUGCGAUGCUGGUUCUGUGUUUGGUUAUCGUUGCGUUAUCGAUGGCGAUGGUGAUGUAUGCGUCACGGUCAGCUCUCUUCCCAUUCAGGAGAUCACUCAGCUACCUCAUUGGGAACGGAAUAAAAGUUGCCGACAGCUGCUCCGACGUGGGAGUAGGGAUGUCCUGUGCCACACCCUGUGAGUCUUCUGCUUAUUCUGUAUGUCCCCUGAGUUAUCAAGAACAAGGGCUCCCUCCUGCGGUCCUUUCUUGUCCUUGGGGAUCGGUAUGCUCCACCGCGAGAGAGGGCGUGGUCGGUUGUGUCCCCAGGGACACGUGUGCUGUAUCAGCUGAUGUCCUUGCACCAGAUACUGUACGUAGCCCCGCCAUUACCAAUGGACAGUUGAACGAAGUAGCUCCGCCCCCAAAAGAAGCCAUCCAAGACCAGCACCCGGAACUAGAACGAGUCAAAGAAAGGAAACCUGUCAGCGUCGGUUUGGCAAUAUUUGAUUUUCCAGUGAGGGGUUGGCAACGCAACCGGAAGCCAAAAAUGCCCAGAAAGUCUACCAAACCGGCCGACACCGGGCAUAAAAAGCCGACUGCUCCCGAACAGCCAGAAAAGCCGACUGCUCCCGAGGAGACGGAAAAGCCAUUUGCUCCCGAACAGCCAAACAAACCGGGUUUACCCGAACAGCUAGAAAAGCCGAUUGCUCCCGAACAGCCAAACAAACCGGGUUUACCCGAACAGCCAGAAAAGCCGAUUGCUCCCGAACAGCCAAACAAGCCAGGGUUGCCCGGACAGCAGCCUCAGAAUCAGUCCGAUGGUCAGUCAGGUGGAGAAGUUGACAACAGAAAAAUUCCUGUCAAACCUGAUAAUAAAUCGCCGGAUAGAUUUGGUUCCACGAAGGACAUCUUGGGUUGAUCUAAGACUUACUACCUUUUGAUUUGUGCUGGAACAACAUUCUUCGCUGAAGAUUUAUAAGUCCUAUUCACGUUUCCUUUUUGUAUGCAUUUAUUUCAGAUCAAAAGACGUAAAUACGAAUCCAAAUGCAUGGGUCUUCGUGCUAGAUUUAUGCCUGUCCAGUACUGUUAAUUUAUUAAUUUCACCAGGACACCUGACCUUUACAUUCCUUUCUUUAAUUUGUCUUUCUUUAUUUGUAAACAUUUGAUGUGUUUCUUUCUUGACUAUACAUAUUAUUAAUUACCUCACUGCUUCAAUUGUUACAUUAUGCGCGUGAAUUGAAUCAAUAAUUAUUACAUCAGUUUUAA